CAGACAAACAAGACAUCAACUGAAUACUAUGUCAAUACACAGAUAUCUGGUCUAAUCGACCGGCCAGACAGAAGAAGGGACGGCGCAGGUAAAUGACAUAAGCGGUAAUUCAGGGGUAAGUUCUAAAUAUCGAGAGAAUUUUCAAAGUCCCAACGAGUCUGAAGAUGGCCAUCGACAGGCAAACUUUGCUACCACGAAGAGAGCACUGUAUUCUCAAGGUAUCUGCCUUAUUUAGCAUCGGGAGUGUUGAGGAUGGCUGUUGAGCCUACCAAAAACAGUGGGGAGCAGUCCAGGAAGAGGAAACGGGACUCAAAGAAAUCGCAAGAGUCUGCAGAGGACCCAAACUCGAAGCACUCCUCCAUCUUUCAGAAAUACAAGUCUGCCGUAGGGCAUGAUCUCGAUGAAGCACUGAGUGAGGUGCGGAGUGCGGAGAAUAGCUUGGAUGCGAAAUUGACGCAGGAAGAACAAGAACGGCAGAAGUUGGCAAAGGCACAAGAAGAUGAGAUGGAAAUCGCUGCCGCUGGGCUGGUGCCUCUACCCCAGCCAGCUAAGAAAGAGAAAAAGAUUCUGGCGCCGAUACGGGAUCAAUGGAUGACUGAGCCACAAUAUGUCAAGCCGACACUGAGCAAACCUUUCAAGUCUCUAUUGCUGUCUGAUCAUAUGGUGAAGAACCUCGCUGCAAUGGGAUUUGAAAAGUCGUUUGCCGUGCAGGCUGCGGUGAUUCCUGCCUUGAUGGAAGACAUUAUCGAUAUCUCGCCGGACCCGAAGAAGCCGAUUCUGGUGAAUGCUGCUACCGGUAGCGGGAAAACUCUAGCUUACGGUGUUCCGAUUGUGGAAGCUUUGUCGAAACGCGUCGUUCCAAAGGUUCGAGCACUGAUCAUUCUACCAACUAGACCGCUCGUGCAGCAAGUUCGAGAGGUUAUCGAAACUCUGGCUAGAGGGACGGGCCUACGAGUUAUGGCUUUUAGAAGUGAACGAUCGUUUAGUGAAGAACAAGCGUUACUGAGGAAAAUGACACCCGACAUCAUCAUCACUAAUCCCGGACGACUUGUGGAUCAUGUCAGAUCAACUGCAGACUUUUCAUUGAAGAAUCUACAGUAUAUGGUUAUAGAUGAAGCCGACAGACUUCUAAAUCAGUCCUUUCAAGAAUGGGUAGAUGUGGUGAUUGGCGCCUUGCAAGAACGAUCUUCAAACCAAGAGUCUAUUGUGGCAGAUACUUGGACCACGCAUACACAGAAACUUGUGUUUUCUGCUACGUUGACAAAAGAUGCAGGAAAAUGGGCGAGUUUGAAGAUCAAGCAGCCGAGAAUUUUUGUGGUUGGAGAUAAAUCGACCACCGCCGGUGAAGAGGAAUUCUCUGUUCCGUUUACUUUGACGGAAUAUAUGGUGCAAGUUCCGGAUGUCUUGACGAAGCCGCUGAUUCUUUUGAAUCUACUGACGCAAGAGUCCAUCUCGAGCGACUGUAUCAUAUUCACAAGAUCAAACGAGACGGCUGCUCGACUUGUGAAGCUUCUUUCAAUGCUGGACCGGAGGCUUCGAAUGAAAGCCGACAAAAGUCUUGAGCAACUUACGAUCGGACUGGUGAAUGGCGAGGUUGACACAAACAAACGCAAGAAGACGUUGAAGGAGUUUGCCAAGGGCGAAAUAAGCCUAAUAAUUUGCACAGACAUUAUUGCUCGGGGUAUGGAUAUCGAAUCGGUCAAGCACGUUAUCAAUUACGAUAUCCCAAUCAGCGGACGCGAGUACAUCCACCGCGUAGGCAGAACGGCCCGCGCAGGAAAAGAGGGCACAGCCUGGUCUCUGGUAUCCAGACCCGAGGCAAAGUGGUUCAAGGAGAUGGCAGGCAAGAUCAAGCGGAGCAAGACGCAGAAACUGCUGCGACGAGAGGUUACGGUCUGGGAGGGACAGGAGGAGGUUUACGAGACGGCAUUGGAGAGUCUGGAAAGGCAGGUUAAAGGGACCACUUCAUAGACUGAUUAUAAAUACAUUACAUAAUAAACAUUAAAG